UAUUCCUGUACCACAUAAUUCCCAAGACAAGAAUUUUUGUGGAGAGAGUACUUCAUAAAUCCUAACCACAGGUUGCUUCAAGAGUUAGUUAGUUGAUGGUGAUGGUGAUUUUGACUUUUUUUUUUUUUUUUUUAAUAUCCAAAAAAAGCAUUUUCUUAAACCACCUUUUUGCCGCUGAGGUCUAGACAUUUCAGAACCAGAAAAUUUCAUCCUUUGAUUCGCAGAGGUGAUCUGCAAUUCAUCAUAAUGGUUUCCCCACAGCUGAAACUGAUUUUCCCACCACCACCUUCUGUUUUCAUCAAUGCAAUAUCUGUGGUGUCCUUAAUAUCAUCAGCUAUUCUUGGGUUGUCAGAGAGUAUUGGAAAACAGAACUUACAAUAUUCAAAGUUCUGUCAAGUUUCUUCUCAAAAUUCAUCUUCCAUAAAGAAAAUCAAGCUGCCAAGCAGACUAGGCAUGCUCUUUCUUUAUCUGCCUGCAUUUAUUGCCGCUCUGAUAUCCUGGUUGCUUUUUCCACAUGAAAUUAUCAGAACUCUGUUGCUCAGUUCAACUCUAACCCUUCAUUUCUUCAAAAGGGUCUUUGAGGUUCUAUUCGUUCACAAAUACAGUGGCGGUAUAGUUCUUGACAGUGUAAUCCAAAUCUCUCUUGCUUAUUUCUUGUCCACUGCAAGCUUGAUGUAUGCUCAACAUCUAACAAAAGGGCUUGAAGAGCCAGAAAUCGAUUUGAAGUACGCUGGGGUUGUGUUAUUUCUAGUAGGGAUAAUUGGUAAUUUCUACCACCAUUAUAUUCUUUCCCAGCUUAGAGCAAAUGGUGAAAAAGAGUACAAGAUUCCCAAAGGUGGUCUGUUUGGCUUUGUCAUUUGCCCACAUUAUCUGUUUGAGAUAAUUGGAUUUAUAGGGUUUUCCUUCAUUUCUCAGACACUGCAUGCAUUGUCCAUCACUACAGGCAUAAUUUUCUACUUGAUGGGAAGGAGUUAUGCCACUAGGAGAUGGUAUAUUUCCAAGUUUGAGGUUUUCCCCAAAAAUGUGAAGGCUCUCAUUCCAUAUGUUCUCUAGAUAUACAAAAAGGAGUGAAACAAAAUCAAAAGUCAAUUUAAUGUUUGGCUGAACAAAGCAGAGGAUUUUUUUCUUCUUGUUCUUAUUUUUUCGGCUAGUACAUUUAGGUGACUACUAGCUGUGACUCUGUGGGUCGUGAUGCAAAUGAAUUAGAAAUUUAAAUAUAAAGUUCAAGCUAGGUGGAGCAUCAAGACAAGAAUUCAAGAGGGUUGAAUCAUAUAUGCAAAUUUACUUCACAUUUGUAAAUCCUUGAAGAAUGGUAAUCUAGGCUUAUAUAGAAUUUUUAAGUAUGUUUAGUCUUGUCAAAUGUAGUUGUGUUUUUUUAGGUAUGUUUAGUCUUGUUAAAUGUAGUUGUGUCCUAAAAACUGGGAAUGAAAAAUGACAAAUAUGGUGCUGAAAAUAGAUCUAAACA